UGAGGGAUCCUUAACACAAACUGAAAAGAACAAGCGAGUCAAGUCAGUUGCUGGCUGAGUAUCUUUGUUGCGGCGAACAUAAUUCGUUGGUCGUAACCGAUACUUCUCUUGCGUACUUUCUUCUGUCUGUUUUUAGUGUAUUUUCACGACAAGUACGUAUAAUUUGUCUUCCUUUUGAUUCUAAAUAAUUCGAAGGAUUUUUACACAUUUAAUUAACGAUCGAUAGAAAUAAACAAUGCAGGCUAACGGUGAGAAUGUCGGUUCUGAAAAUACAAAUGAAAAAUCUGGAUGGACGGUUGGUUUAAUAAAUGGAAAGUUUAAGUAUCUCACAGCUGAAACUUUUGGAUUUAAAAUUAAUGCAAAUGGUUCAAGUUUGAAGAAAAAACAAUUAUGGACUUUAGAAGGUAGCGAACAACAAGUUUUUCUUCGAUCUCAUUUAGAUCGUUAUUUAGCAGUGGAUCAGUUUGGAAAUGUUACUUGUGAAGCAGAAGAUCCUAGUGAUCCUGGUUGUGCUUUUCAAAUACAGUUAGCUUCUGAUGGAAGUGGUAGAUGGGCUCUAAAGAAUAUUCAAAGAGGAUAUUUCUUGGGUUCUAGUCAAGAUGAACUUAAAUGUAUAGCCAAAGCACCAAGUGAAGCAGAAUAUUGGCUAGUACAUCUUGCUGCUAGACCUCAAGUAAAUUUAAAAUCUGCUGGAAGAAAACGAUUUGCUCAUUUAAGUGCAACACAAGAUGAAAUUCAUGUAGAUGCACCAGUUCCUUGGGGAGAAGAUACACUUUUUACUUUAGAAUUUCGUCCUGCUUCGAUAGAAGAUAACGGCGAAGAACAUUCUAAAUUUGAGGGUGGUCAUUAUGCUUUACACACUUGUAAUAACAAAUAUUUAGCACGAGAUGGUAAACUUUUAGAUUCUUGUACACGAGAUUGUCUUUAUGCUGCUGAGUUUCAUGCUGGAUUACUAGCACUCAGGGAUCUGUAUGGAGCAUAUUUGGCACCUAUUGGAAGUAAAGCUGUUUUAAAAUCAAGAUCAACAACUGUAACUCGAGAUGAGUUGUUUUCUUUAGAAGAAUCAUUACCGCAAGCUUCUUUUGUUGCUGCUUUAAAUCAACGUUAUGUAUCUGUGAAACAAGGCGUUGAUGUGACUGCUAAUCAAGAUGAAAUUUCUGGACAUGAAACUUUCCAAUUAGAAUUUGAUCGUGUAACUAAAAGAUGGUAUGUGCGUACCAUGCAAGAUCGUUACUGGAGUCUUGAAGCAGGAGGAGGAAUUCAAGCAUCGGAACACAAACGUUCUUCUAAUGCUUUGUUUGAUUUGAUUUGGCAAUCGGAAGAUGGAACAGUAGCUUUACGCGCUAACAAUGGCAAAUUUUUAGCAACAAAGCGUUCUGGUCAUCUUUAUGCUAAUGCAGAAUCCGUAAAUGGAUUGGAUUCAGAUGCUAGCAAAUAUUAUUUUUAUUUAAUGAAUAGACCUGUCUUAGUAUUACGUUGUGAACAAGGAUUUGUAGGACCUAAAAGUUCAGCCAGUUCAAAAUUAGAAUGCAACAAAGCUAUUUAUGAAACUAUCAGAGUCGAAAGAUGUGAUCGUGGAAUUGUUAGAUUUAAGGGUCAAAAUGGUAAAUAUUGGCAUGCAGAUAGCGAAGGAGUAACCGUAGAUUCCGAUAUAUCUUCCGAUGGCUUUUAUUUAGAAUUACGAGAACCUUCUCGUAUUUGUAUUAAGCACACCGAUGGAAGAUAUCUAACUGCAGGAAAAAAUGGAGCACUGCGUCUUGGAGAAACGGAUUAUGAAUCUGCUACAAAGUGGGAAUUUUAAUUGAUUAAAUAAUCAUGUCUAUGCUAUGUUCAUUUAAAACUUUAUUCAAGCAAUUCAUUUUUUAUAUUUAAAAAGAUGUUACAUGUAAUAGAUAUAAAUACUUAAAAUUUUAGUAAAAACGAUUUAGAAAAACGCAUUAAUUUGAAUGAUUCAUUGAAGGAUUUAACAAUUUAUAUUUUUUGAUUAUAGUAAAAAAAAAAAAAAAGAAAUAUACAAAUAUUGGAUUAAAUUUUUAAAAGAACAUAGCUAAAAUUUUGCCCUUUUUAUAGCUUCGAAUGUAAUCUAAUAUGAUAUUUACAAGUACGGAAAAAGCUCCUACCGAGUACUUAAUUAGAAGUACAUCGUCGAAUUAAUUUUUUACGAUUCUUUUAUACUUCUAACUACGAUUUUUCUAUUCAUAAAAUACCGAAUAAGACUGAUCAUUCGCAUAUUUACAGAAUAAUUAGCGGUUAUUACAUCGUAUUCUAAUAAUUUAAAAAAAAAUUUAAUAUUUUUCAUUGUUUUUUGACCAUAGAAUAAUUGAAUAUUUGUUGAAUUAUACUUUCUUUAAUUUAAUAUAUUACUUGAGAUAUUUAUUUUUCAAUAUUUGAUACUUAAUUGAUCGGUAAUUUUACAUAAGAAUAUUAUAUUUAUUAAUAAAACUUUUCUAAUUUUUUAAUCAUCAAGCAAUAUAAUAACUACUAUGACAAUUUUUUAUAAUAUUGUAAAUAUGUUUACAAUUUGACAUUUUAUAAUUUUUCAUCUUACUUUACUUAAAUCUUAUAAUUGAUAAUUUUAUUUAAUUAAUAAUGGAAAUAUUUUGUUAAUAAUUUAUCUUAUAAGAAUAAAAAUAAAAAAUAACAAAGAACUUAACCGAUCGUUUAAGUGUUAAAAAAAAUCUACUUUCUAGUCUUCAUAUCAAUGUAUUAAUAUCAACAUUAAUUAAUAUUGAAUUAUUGUAAAACAAUUAAUACACUAGACAGCAUAUUUCGAAAUUUGUUAAUACAUAGUAUUUCAGUUAAUAAAAAUAAUCAUUCCAUAUGAUAAAUAUAUUUUUUUUUAUAUCAUUCAAUUAUACACUAUUAUAGAAUAAACUAUCAUAGAAUGUCAUGCAUAAAUAUAUCAUAUCAUUAUAAACUUGCUCUCUAGUGUAUAUCUUUAAAAAAAUCGAUGCAAUAAUCGAAUUAAUCUGUAUAAUUUGAGAUCACGCUUUUUCUACAUAAGAAAUUCACAUUCCGUGAGCUGUGUAAUGGUCGAAACAUUUUUACAGCUAUUUCUAUAAAAGAAUUUUACGUCACAACCCGCUUAGAAAAUAUUAAAAUCGUAAAUUUUAUACAUGGAUUAGUACUAAUUUUGUGGGCGUGUAAUUUAUCGAUUAGCUUAUAAGUAACAUUUUUCUUUUUUUGUCGAAUUUCAAUAUUUUUCGAAUAUAUUGAUAUUUUGAUUCGACAAAAAGAGAAUAAUUAUUUUUCGAUAUGCUUUUAUCUUUUAUAUGAUAUUUUUUUUUAUCUGCUCUCUAUUUUUCAUAUACAAACAAGAUUAAUAUUAAGGUCGUUACUUCGGCAAAAUUAUCUGUAGUUUAUGUUAUUUAUCAUAUUGGAGGAAAGCGGGAUAAUCUAAAUGCAUUAUGUAAGCAAUAAAUUCUGCUAUUAAACAUUUGUUUAUUAAAA